AUGUCUAGCAAUGAAGUAGAAUGCAAGAUACUUGACCACAAAUCAAAUUACUAUGAAGAAAGUGUCAAAAAUCCAAAUUAUCCUACUGGCAUAAAAGUCCCUAUUCUCCCUAAAUUUGAGUUAAAGCCUGGUAAAGCUACUGGCUUUUUUAAGAGCUAUUUUAAACAGAGUUCAUACGAUGAUUUACUCAUUGAAAGCAGUGAAGAAUUGGAUGUGGAAGUGGGUAACUGUUGCUCUUAUGAAGGAUGUACCUCUAACCCAAUCUUAGUCAAACAUCGACAAGAUCAAGUUUCUAAGAGAAAGGAGAUAUAUAAAUGGCUAAGAGCAAAGGAGAAAGGACAGGAGUAUUCCCCAGUUGAUAGUGAUCUUGUUGUCUAUGAGGGAUAUCGUUGGGUCUCAGAUGAAGAAUUUGGUCGCCAAAUACUCAAUGGUGUUAAUCCUGUGGUGAUUCGAAAGUGCACUGCUUUACCGAUACUUUCCUGUCACAGAAAAAUGUGCAGAGAAGGCCAUUAUUGCCCAGCUCCCUUCUGCCUUCUCUAUGUUAACAAUCCAAAAACUGGUACCAUUGCUAUCCAACUUAAGAAAAAACCAGGUGCAGAUAAUCCUAUUUUUCUGCCAACUGAUUAUUGGCUUGAUUGGUUGCUUGCUAAAAUGUAUUAUCGAUGUGCUGAUAGUCAGUUUCAUGAACUAGUUACCCACUACUUAUCAACACACUCUAUUAUGGAAGGGUAUGAUGUGGCAACAAUGCGUGCGUUCCCAGAUACUCAUCCAUUAUACAAACUACUUCAGCGUCAUUUUCGUCACACUAUAGCUGUCAAUUCAGCUGCAAGAAAACUCCUCAUUAGUGAAGAUGGACUUAUAGCCAAAGCUUUCUCUAUAGGACCUAAAGAAUGACAGAGAUUGUUAAAACGAGCCUGCAAAAAAAUGCCAAAAGAACGUGGAGUGGAUGAUCCAGAAAAACUCCCCAACUAUCACUAUCGUGAUGAUGGUUUUCAAAUUUGGGAUGCAAUUGAGCAUAUGUUCAGAACAUCAUUGAUAUUUUUUUACAAGUCUGAUAACUGAUGUCAAAGAAGACCCUGAGCUGAAAGCGUGGUAAUGGAAGUUCACAAGGCUUUUCCAGCUUUCAAUGGAAACCCAGAAGGUCGUGGGUUUCCUACCAGUAUUACGAGCAAGAAGGAACUGGUUGAUUAUUGUACACUCAUCAUAUUCACUGGUACUGCUCAACAUGGUUCCAUUAACUUUGCUCAGUUUGAAAUAUAUGCAUAUGUCCCAAAUGCUCCCUUUGCAAUGCGUCUUCCUCCUCCUAACGAGAAAGGAAAAAUUGACAUGCCCACUAUAUUGAAUGCUCUACCAGAUGAUAGAUCUACCUUGUUAUCUGCUGCUAUUAGUUAUCAGUUGUCCUUGUUCAGUCCUGAGGAGUAUAGUAUCAAGAUGAGUGACUCUGGAGGUACUGAGUCAAAGGAAGCUAUUCCAUUGGAGGAUAUUGCAUUAAAGAAGAAAGCCAAAGAGAGAUAG